UAUUCGCAGUAAAGAACCGUGGCAAUUAUUUUGAGCAGGCGGUGGUGGUGGAUAGGGAAAGGGGGGAGGAGGGAGAAGGGAGAAGGAAGACUGGAGUGGUGAGGCGUACGUCGGGGAUCAGCAAGAUGUCUGCUCUCCGUUUGAUUAGGCCUUUGGGCCGUCGUCUGCAUUGUCAACCUUCAGGACAAAUACUGCAAUGUGUGAAAUUCCCACGAGUUCUCUGUGCAUUCAUAUCCAGCAAGGCCAACAUGGGUGACUACAAACGACCUCCACCAUUUCCUUACAAGGAAGUGGAGUACAACCGUUAUUAUCAGGUUUUCGACCGAACCGUGGACCGCUUCAAUGAGAACACGAAGGUCUUGGUUGUUGAUGGGCCCAUUGCGGCUGGCAAGUCAACAUUUGCCAAACAGCUUGCGGAAGAACUGGAUAUGUUAUACUUCCCUGAAGCUGAUCUUGACAUGGAGUACAUCAAUGCCUAUGGCUAUGAUCUUCGUAAGCUUAAUCCUCGACUCCCUGUGAAAGCUCAGUUCACAGACAUCAGGGACAUCUCUCGCAACCCAAAGCACCCAAAUGCUGGAGCUGUCCAAAUGCAAAUGCUACAGAUACGAUUCGAACAGUACAUUGAUGCCUUAGCUCAUCUGUACAACACUGGUCAGGGAGUUGUUCUGGACCGGUCGGUAUACAGUGACUUUGUCUUCAUGGAGGCAAUGUUUGAUGGAGGGUAUAUUUCUAAAGAGGUUAAGAAGAAUUAUGAUCACCAUUUGGAGGGAAUCAAAGUUCUUGCCAAGCGGCCUCACCUUGUUAUUUAUCUAGAUGUGCCAGUUAAAACUGUGUUAGAAAGAAUCAAGACAAGAAAUCGUGAUUGGGAAGUCAACUCUCCUUUGCUCACUGAGAAAUACCUGACAAAAAUGGAAAGAACCUACAAGCUUGAGUUCUUGAGAGACAUGAAUGUGAGCUCUGAAGUUCUUGUUUAUGAUUGGUCAAAUUUCGGUGAAGUGGAUGUUGUUGUUGAAGACAUAGAACGACUGGAUUUUACUGAAGAUCCAUAUUCCGCUAAGUUUGAAGAAUGGAAAAUUGAACAUGAUAGAGAAUUGGGUUACGAACGAUAUGGUUAUACAUGUGAAAAAGAUGUUAUGCUUGAAAAAGUUGACCCCGGACAUAUAGUACCCGAGCUUUUGCUGUCUCAUGAAGAGAAUCUAAUUUUAAUGAAAUUAAAAAAUGAAGUUGGAUGUGAAUAUGACCCAGGUUACAAUCCUAAUCAAGGAGACAGUGUACUAUUUAAGUGGUAGUAGUUUGUUUGCAUAAAUUUUAAAGCUGCUGGUUCUGUGAACUUCAAGUGUAUAAUUCUGCCUUGUAAAUAAUAAUUGUUAAUUAAA